AUUUUGGACAGAAAUAGAAAAUGUUGGAUCAGGGUUUAUCAAAACCCCCAAAUCAAUUUCCCGGAAUUCUCAAACUUUGGUUUCCAAUUCAACUCCGAUCACAAUUGGUGCAGAGGAGUAAGCUAUAUGGAUCAGCCACCAAGUCAACCUGGUCAGAAGCCUUUGCCAUCACCUCCACUCCAUAGUGACGAUGCAGAUGAAGAUGAUCAAAGUGUGAAGCAGCUUCAGGAAUGUUCCUCUGUCUACCUUACCUUGCAGGAUUGUCUUAUAAAGAAUGAUCGAAAUUGGAAAUCUUGUCAGAGAGAAGUUCAAGCUCUGAAGGCAUGCAAUGACCGGAGAAAGAAGUGAUGAAGGAAGAGAGUAUGUUUUGUAAUAUUGUGGCGAUAAAGAUAUCUACCACAUUAAAAAAUUUUUAAGCCUUUAUUUUAGAUACAAGUUGUAUAAUAAACUCCUAUCAUGUUGCCUUGUGAUUUUUUAUUACAAGAGAAGAAAUAUUAAAUGUACUUAUGUCGCAAAUUGCAAGACUGUCCAAGGAAAUUAUAAAUUAAGAUGAUGGAGC